GCCUUCCUGAGAUUGUCACUCAGAGGCUUCCGUCCGUCAGACAUAUUGUCCCAGAGGAGCCGGGAGAGGCCCUGAUAGACCGGGGACAGCAUGGAGACCAUGGCGAGCCCCGGGAAGGACAAUAGUCGCAUGAAGAGCUACAAGAACAAAGCCUUGAACCCGGAGGAAAUGCGGAGGCGGAGAGAGGAAGAGGGAAUCCAACUUCGCAAGCAGAAACGUGAACAGCAGCUUUUUAAACGCCGAAAUGUGGAGUUGGCGCCAGAAGAUAGUUCCAUGUUUGAUGGUCCUUUGAUGGAUUCAUAUGUUAACUCUACUACUACUACUGUUGGGGAAAGUGUUAUCACACGAGACAUGGUGGCAUUGCUGCUUUCUGAUGAUCCUGAUUUACAAUUGACAAUGACACAAAAAUUCAGAAAAUUGCUGUCUAAAGAGCCAAAUCCACCAAUAGAUGAAGUGAUCAAUGCACCUGGAGUAGUGGAAAGAUUUGUAGAAUUCCUGAAGAAGAGUGAAAACUACACACUACAGUUUGAAGCAGCCUGGGCUCUCACCAACAUCGCAUCUGGCACAUCCCAACAAACAAAGAUAGUGAUAGAAGCAGGAGCUGUGCCUAUUUUCAUCAUGCUCCUGAAUUCUGAAUAUGAGGAUGUGCAGGAGCAGGCUGUGUGGGCACUAGGAAAUAUUGCGGGUGACAGUGCUGUGUGCAGAGACUACGUGCUGAGCUGUGACAUUCUUCCUCCGCUGCUCAGCCUCCUUACCAAAUCAUCACGACUUACCAUGACCAGGAAUGCAGUCUGGGCCUUGUCCAACCUGUGUCGAGGAAAGAGUCCCCCUCCAGAUUUUGAUAAGGUGUCCAUGUGUCUCCCUGUGCUGUCACGUCUCCUGUUCAACAGUGACUCAGACCUGUUAGCAGAUGCGUGCUGGGCACUAUCUUAUCUCUCUGAUGGUCCUAAUGAGAAGAUUCAAGCAGUCAUAGACUCGGGGGUCUGCCGCAGGCUUGUGGAACUCCUAAUGCACAAUGACUACAAGGUGGCUUCUCCUGCACUCCGAGCUGUAGGAAACAUUGUCACGGGAGACGAUAUCCAGACACAGGUGAUCCUAAACUGUUCGGCUCUUCCAUGUCUCUUGCAUCUUCUGAGCAGUCCAAAGGAAUCCAUUCGCAAAGAAGCCUGCUGGACAAUUUCAAAUAUUACAGCAGGAAACCGAGGACAGAUACAGGCUGUUGCUGAUGCCAAUAUAUUUCCAGUCCUGAUAGAGAUUUUACAGAAAGCAGAAUUCCGAACCAGGAAAGAAGCUGCAUGGGCAAUAACAAAUGCCACAUCGGGUGGCACCCCUGAACAGAUUAGGUAUCUGGUGAACCUUGGGUGCAUCAAGCCUCUUUGUGACCUUCUUACGGUAAUGGAUUCGAAAAUAGUACAAGUAGCUCUGAGUGGACUGGAGAAUAUCCUGCGACUUGGAGAGCAAGAAGCAAAGCAGGGUGGAAGUGGAAUCAACCCAUUCUGUGGACUGAUUGAGGAGGCGUAUGGACUGGACAAAAUAGAGUUUCUCCAGAGCCAUGAAAACCAGGAAAUCUACCAAAAGGCUUUUGAGUUGAUUGAACAUUACUUUGGGGUAGAGGAGGAUGACCCCCAGCUGGUCCCAUCAGUUGAUGAAGCUCAGCAACAGUACAUCUUUCAGCAGACUGAAGCCCCCAUGGAAGGAUUCCAGCUGUGAGCUGAGAACCCACUGGAUAUUCAAAGUCCCCUACCUCUACAUCUUUUUUUGUAAUGUGGAGAAAGGGGUCAGAGAAGCAUCUCUCCACUCCUGGAGUAUAUGAAAGUUUCAUUUUUUGUUCAUGCAGAGAAAGCUGUGAUUCUACUGGGUGUCUGAAUGCCAGAGUAUAAACUCUACAUGCUCAACCUAAUGCUGCUUUCUGAAGUUGGUGUAUUCCUAUACUGACCUGGCCCUGAACCUUCAAUGCUUCUUCAAAAUUCUUUUUUUGUGGGGGGUGGGAGGGGGGUGUUAAGAGAAAUUAAAUCAGACUAAAUUUAAAAAAACAGACUGGAAAUGUUAGAAGAAGGGCGCCGAGUUUUCCCUUUAUUGUGUUGUGGGUCAAAGCGCAGAAGGAUACGUACAAUUUUUUAGGUGGAUUUGAUGGGAAAAAAAUCUAAGUAUUAAAAAAAAAAAAAAAACAAUAAAAUAAAAUGACCUAACCGGUUUCAUAGUAAUGACACAGGAGGGAGGGAUUUGUAUAGCCUCCUUUAUCAUUAGAAAACUCUGCAACUUAUUUAUGGUGAUAUAGUCAGAAUAGCAGAAAUUAUAUCAGGAGUGGGAUUUCCACAAACCCACACCAUUAUUUAUCUCUGGAAGCAUCAGGGAACAUAGUGGUAACUCCAACUCCUGAGUGCCUUAUUAAGCGCUUCCGAUGGCCUGCUCUGCAGAGGUUUACCGUUUUGUGCCAAGGUUUUAUUGGCUAUUAAUGGUGUUUGUCACUAUAGAGUGAAAGGUGUGCAAAAAUAUAAAAUACCUUUGUGAAGGGCAUUGCACACCUUGUUAGUUCAGUACUGGAGAAGGUGGUUUUUGAGUGCUGUGCUCCACCUGAACCUUUCAAGCAGUGUCUCUAACAUCCAGAUGUGUCCAAUUUCUUCUAAUAAAAUGUGACUGUGGCCUGCACUGAUGUGAAAUGCAGAAAGUAUAUAUCUACUUGAAUUAAAAAGAUAUUUAGCUGGCUUCAUAUCCAAUCUUUCUUUUAUUGCAUUCAAACGGCUAUGUGCAAUGUUUGUGACUAUCCAUCCUACUGGAUAUUUUGACUGAAAAAGCCUGUGACCACAGUGUGUGCAAGUAUUGACUAAACUUGGCACUAUAUAUUUGUAAACAAGAUU